AUGGGCUUCUUUGAUGAUUAUGAUAUUCCGUGCUAUUCUGAAGUCGCCUACAAUCCUCAAAUGGAGCUUUAUCUUUGCGACAUAACCGACAUGGAUAUUUCGGAAGGGCAUGUUAUCGGAUUCAGGACUCAACAUCACUACGGCAAUUUUAACGACUGCUCGAUGAAAAUAACAAGAGAAGACCCAACAAAGGCCAUCAAUAUCUACAUUGAAUAUAUCGACUUGGAACCUGGAGCGGACUUUCUCUGGAUCAACGAUAACGCUCAAUCAACUGUUUCCAACAAACUUGUCAGCCUUGAUCAAGACAUUGUCGAAUUCCGAUUCACUUCGGAUUGGAAUAACUACAACUUCAAUGGAGUGCGAAUGAUGAUUAUGCUCGGAGAACACGAAACCGGAUGCGAUUUCGCCGGAUCAAGAUCGAUGAAAGAUGCUCGAAAGCCAAAGUCUUUGAUGAAAAAAAGAACUGAUUCUCAAUAA